UAUUAAAUAAGUUUUUAAAUCAAUUCCUAUAUUUUUUACCUGUAAUGGUGGAAGUUUUUAUUUUGUUCAGCAUCAGCCAAGAAAUCCACCUAUUUUUGCUUGAAAUCAGCCUCUUCAGUCUCUCCCUUGCCCUUAUGGUUGGUCUUUUGUUUCUUGAUAUCUCUCUCGGCCGUCUCAUUUAUCGUUAUAUUUCCAUCAGCCUAUAACUUAUGUGAGUGAAUAGUUCAAAUAAUUAAAAUUCAAAUCCUUAGAUGAAUUCUUUUGUCCUUAGUGCAUUCAACAAAAUACCAAAGAGUCUUUACCGGGCAAACGAUUUCCUCGUCAAUGACUCAGAACUUAGAUUGUUUUGGAGUGAUUU